AUGGUGUCCACAACAAGAGGAACUCUCUCGAGAGCCGCGGCGGAGAAGGCGGAAGGAAAGAAACCGGUGACAGAGGAAGGCUCAGGCAGUAGGAAAAGCGGGUCAGCGGUCAUGAAGAGCAAGGACUAUGCCGAGAUCUUCGACCAAAUGUCUUUCGUCGGGACGAGAUACCCUGACCUGACGGCUAUGGCGGAACUUGGGAUCUCUCAGGAUUGCCACUACCUCUUCGAGGAAAUGCAGCUUGCGAGGCUGAUGAUGAACCCUCUGCCUGCUUACAAGAAGGAAACCAUCGAGUUCCUCUCCACUCUCCGAGUUAACUUCUACGAGCCUGACGAGAUCAUGCCUGAGGGCCAUGGAAGUGGAAGGUUCUCCUUCCGAAUCAACAAGAGGAAGUAUCGGAUGAGUUUCAAGGAGCUGGAGGAUGUGUUUCAUUUUGAACACAAAGAUGGGCGAGAAACAGAGCCUGGAACGCCACAAGCAGAGCUUCAAGCCUUCUGGGCAAUGAUCGGAGUUGGCGAGUACAUGUCGAGCACUGCCAAGAGCACACACAUCAGGAACCCCGUGCUCCGAUACGUCCACAAGUCCCUCGCUCACACCAUCUAUGCGAGGCGAGACGUUACUGGUGUCACCGAAAAGGAGCUCUUCUUCCUAAAUGAAGGGAUGAAGAAGGUGAUUCACACGUUGCCGGAUGGGACUGAGAUGGUCGGGGACAGAUCAGGGAACAGCGUGCCGACGUAUCUUCUCAAGAGCUUCCUCAGCUACAGGGAGUAUGCUCUCUCUCUCAACAAAGUGCACAAGGCAAGCAGUGGACAGCUGAGUUGUGGAGGACUCAUAAUGCCGAUCCUCAUGAACUACGGAAUCACGCUUGAGAAGCCGGUUGACCCUCAGGCAAUAAACAUCCACUAUCUCCGCAAGAGCACCUAUUGA